UAUAGACGGGUUAGCUGUCUGCUGUUUGUGUAAAGUGUAUACAUUGUUGUCCCGCUAGUGUUAUUGCUCGCAAUAGUAAUACACGAAUAAUAUUUUACCAUACACAACUGCCAAACAGAUUUAGUCGCAUCUUAAGCAACAUGGCAAACGUGUUGUUCUGCCGUGCUCAGUAACAACGAAAUGAAAUCUUCCUGGCAUUAGAAACGACCUAGAAAUUGUCAGCCAUCGCCUCCAACAGAGAAAAUGCAUUUUACUGCAAUACACUCGUUGCUUUUUACACUAUACAUCGGUCAGACCGCUAGUUACCUCCAAAUGUUGGAAAAUGAUAGCGUCUGUUCAAUUAGCUUUACGUCAAGUAAUCUGUAUCUAAUUGGUCGCGAAGAACAGUCUGCUAUGAUAAUCAAAGAAAGCCGAUAUUUCCAUCAGUGGAAUAGCAAACAAGAUUUUAAUUGUCGCUUUACAGUUACAUCGUCUCUCGGCCUUGGCGUAUUUGCUGUUAUACAGCGCAUGUCUUUCAGGCGCAACGAGCAAGGCCAGUGUAUUGAUUAUGUUCAGUUUCGACAUACCGAAAAGACUGUGAAUUUAGGUAACUUCAAUUUCAAAAUAAAAACAUCAGAACCGUGGAGUAAUAGAAUUUGUGGUAAAGUUAAUGCACUUGAAAUUGGCGUCGAUGACGAAUUUAACAAUGGCCGUGAAGAUGCAAAUGACGAUAAACAAGUUGUAAACUCAUUUAUUGACAACAAAGGAUUGAUUGAAGUGAAAAUACACGUCAGCAACAAAUCUUUGUUAGAAGACGAAGAGCUGAACUUUGAAAUUGUAUUUACCACAUUCCAAGAGUGCAAGUUUGAUUCUGGAUUAUGGAAAAGUUGUGGUUCAAAAACUUGCAUUUAUAAGGAUUUUUUCAACGACGGCAAACUGAACUGUCCUUACAAGAGCUGUAGAGACGAGGACGGAUGCCGUUCAAUUAUAACUCUUAAUGGAAACAUAGAUCGUUUUAACACAACUUUCGGAACAAAAAUUCUUGCUGGUACAGUUGCUGGCUUAUUCACAAUGUUUGUGGCUUUCAUUGCUUGCUUGUGGCUCUUCAGGCACUUUGGCGCACUAUGUUGUAUGUCCUAUCACAACAAUCAUCCCCAUUCUUCAGAAAUGCAACCGGUACCAAAUUUAGACACCAUGGGAAUGAUGGCCACCGCUCCUCCGAGUAAUGUGGUAGCUAGUGGAACCGAGGCAAGAACGGCUGACAAAGAUCUACCACCAUCAUACGAGUCGUUAUUUCCUAGUAAAUAGGUGUACUGGAUCAAAUUAUACAAAAAUUAUGAAUUCGGUUUUCAAUUAUUAAUAAAUUCUUCUUCUUAUUACUACCAUCUGUUCAUAAUCUCAAAUAUUUAUGUACUCAUUAGAACAAAAUAGUUUAAGAUAAUUUAUAAAUUUAAAAAUUGUUCCCUCAAGUUUAGUAUUUUGUACUAUUCUUUAUUAUCUCAGCUUCUGAUAACCUUGACAACAUUUUUAUUCUGUGACAAUAUUCCAUGUACGUAUAAAUUAUAUUUACUUAAAUUACCAAACAGUAAAAUAAUGUUGUCAAACACAGAAUGCAACAACCAUGUAAUAUAAGAACAAUAAUUUUUUUUUUUUAUAGAUUGUAUAUAUAUAAAGUGAUUUGUAAAUAUCAUCGGUAAGUCAGUAAUUGUUUCGCAAAGAGACCAUACUAUUUUAAACCAGUUAUAAACUUAUAAAAAAAGUUGUAAAUAGUGUAAUUAUGUUUUGUAAUUAUCAACAAACAUUAUAUCUUUGUACAUUUAAUGUUAUGUUUAUUACAGUAGCAUUUAAAAAUUGUUUAAAUCAUUAUGAUUUGAGUACCUUAGCAUUAUGUAUACUGCCGGGAGAAACAAAUUUUUAUAAAUAUAAAUUUUAACCAAGUUAAUAAGACUGGAUUAAAAUAUAAUUAUACAACAUUUCACCUUUAUACAUAUAUUUUUUUUUUGUACAACAUUAUUGUUUUAUUUUUUUAAUUAUUUUAAGUUCACAAAAACAUAGUGUAUUACUAGUUGAACUAAUACUUAAAUGUGUUUAAUGAAAAUUAGAAAAUACACAAUAUAGAAUUGGCAUUACUCGUUUACUAUACAAUCACGUAAGAUUUUUAACUUUAAUAUUUAAGGCAUAUCGCAACUCGUAAGAACAAUGACAUAAUUACCAGUUAUGCCUUGUUUACCUUGUUAAAUUUCACAGGAAAGUGAACUGAUAAAACUCCCAUUUUAACAAUUAUAUUUGCACAAAAAAAACCCAGAUAAUUUAAACAAAUGAACAGUGAAUAAUAGUGUGUUUUAUUUAUAGACUUUGUAAAUUCAUUGUUCCCAACUUCAAAACCGCAAAAAACCUUUUAAAAAAAAAUUGCACUUAGGUUGUUGUUCUUGGGAAGCCACGAUAUUGUAUACUUUAGCAUCACGAGUAAAUUCUCAUAAUUUAUUAAAUUAAUUAUAUUUAUUGUAUUAAUGUGAUAAGUUUUAGAAGCCAAAACAGUAUUUAUAAUACAACAAUAGUUCUAAAGUAAUAUUUAUGCUCAGUCCACACGGUACUUGAGCAAUAAUUUUGUAUACAAUUAACAUAAUUUUUGUGAUGUAAAAAUGAUCAACCUGAUUUUGUUAAUCAGCUAAAAAUAUAUAUAUAUAUAUUUUUUUUUAUAAUAAACCUAAUGAAAUAGUUUAUGUUAAAAAUAUACAUGUUGUUUAUCAUUAUUAAUAAAACAUUUUUAUGUAUUCAAUGUAUUUUAAGUGAUGACCCUAAUACUUUAAUUAUUAUAUUGAAACCUCCAAAUCGUUGAUUCAAAUGUACUAUUUACCAUUAUCUAAUCAUAGUAAUGUUACAUUUUAGCCAAGAACAAUUUUUACUAUUAAAUAGAUCUUAUUUAUAAUUUUUUUAUCUAAGGAUAAUAAAACCAAAGACAAA